AUGUUCACAUGGUCAAUGGCAAGAAUGCACAUCAGAGCAAUGGGCAAUUUUGAAGCUUUAUUGAAUCGCGCCUUACUGAUUCCAACAGUACCGAUACGAGGUCACUUCGAAGCGCUAAUGGGACACAUCAAACUUAAUAUUGCUGUUAAAAUGGGAAGGUCGUCGAUUGGAACACCAUUGGUACAAACCAGCUAUUGUAAGGCCGAAAUUGGUUAUGUGGAUUUGCAUGUAAAAAACACUGGCGUUAUAACGGACUUCUUCAUCAACGCUUUCAAAUCGUUCCUAAUUGCGAAUUUCAAACCGAUGGUUGAAGAGAAGAUGUGUGGCAUGAUCAAGAAGGUUGUGAAUAAGGAUAUGAAUAAUAUUCUGGCAACAAUGCCCUUACAG